GCGGGGGAAUUGGAAAGAAAAGCCGUGGGAAACAGAUGUAAACAAUAGUUUGAUUUGAAUCGUCGUUACAACACAAGCGUUUGUAACUGCAAUUUCUUGGCGAGAAAAGCGUAACAUCAGUGCGAGAGCAUGCGAGAUCUUCUCGAAUCAAACAUAAACGCGUCAGGUAUAAAGUGACGCGCAUUUGUAUUCAUAACCUGCAAGCAUCCGUCAUCGAUAAUAGACGCGCACGAACGAUCGUGAAUAUUAAAAGCGCAAUAUAUAAAUAUGUCCAAUUUCCAUUCGAUCGUCGUUCGUCGCGAUCGAGCGGCGAGAAUCUACACGACGACGUAAAAGCGCGAGUGAAACUCGCUCCGGCGGCCGGGGAGAAUGUAGAAGAAGAGAAGAGGAUGCUUUAGUAAUAUGGAAUAUGAUUCAGAAUCAAGCUGCGAGGGCGGUUGUUGUUCGAGGGAUCUCGCGAACACCGACGAACCGGCUCGUCUGACGGAAGUGCGCGAGAAAUGCGCUCGCGCCUCCAGCAGCCGCUCCCCGCCAGCAGAUCCAUUGAAAUUGAAGGCGAAUUUAACCAAGAAGAGUCUCUCCGCUCAGGUAAUGGAAUAUUAUCGCAAAUACUCCCGAGACGCGAAUCUGGAUCAGUAUUUUUCCCUACCCGUGUCGAAUACUCCGCAGGAGACUGUUAAUUAUUACUAUAGCGUGUACGAAUUGAACGCACAGGUGGGCCCGAAUAGGCAAGACUGUAUUGGAGAAGAGUAUAAUCUAAAGUCUUAUGUCCCGAGGGAGAGACGUAGGUGGGUAAGGCCUCCAUUGAUCGGACAAUCUUCGAAUACGGAUGCUUCAACCAGGUAUGUUGAAACGUUGACAGAUCUCCAGACAUCAUCGCCCGAUUUCAAGCACCAUCUCACGCCGGAAACGAUACACGAGGAGAAGAAUGAGAGCCAAGAUAAAUUUCCCGAGAUAAAUGACAGAAGGCUAUCUUCUCCCACUUCCAGCGUAGCGUCUCACAAACCAUUGGAGUGGGACAGCGGUGCUGAUGUCGGUUAUUUCAAUUCACUCGCCCAUAAUAAGCAAGACGACAAGAGAUUAAGCACCAUAGAACGUAUGGCUCUGGCGCGAGGAUGCUCGGCUGCUUUACGGUUAGAUCCGGAAGGUACCACCGAAUCCGGGAUGCAAUCGGGGAAGAAUACAGGAACGCAUGGCGGUUCGAAAUCAACUGCGCCUGACGCAAAUUCCACGCCGUUGAUAGCGCAUGCUUCAGGAUCAGAGAGCGAAAUAGAGAUAACGCCUAUUGUCAAGAACCAUUUGCCUGGCAUUAUCGCGGGAGAUGAUAUAAAAUCGCAAGAGAGAUGCGUUGCGAAUGAUGCUGCAGAACCGAAAGCUAUGAUAAAGCCCACGAAACGGGAAACACACAAUUUGGAUACCCCUACAUCGACGUUUAAGACUCCAUUGACGUUAGGAAAAUAUUCGACGGUGGAGAGAAGGAUCGUAAAUUCGAAACAUAAAGAAGUUACACGUCCAUCGAGUUCGCCGUUGCAGAAAAGCAUCUCGAUGAACGUGAUACCCGCGUCAUCCUCAAGAUUCUCUUUAAAAAGAAGUCAGAGCGAACUAAACUUACACGCUAAAGAAAAGAAAUCUGUAUUGCCUUUAAUCUUUAACUCUACGUCUUCUAUCGCUACUGUGGUAAAUAAACCUGCCACUUGUGACAAAGUAAUACAGACAAGUCCAGACGUAUGCUCUCAGGAAUCCGUUGCCAUUCAAGUUUCAGAUCUUGACGAAAGCAAAUCGCCAUUGUUAACAGAGAAAGAUUCUAAUUUGCAAACGAUACAUUCUAUUUUAAAAAAAUCUAAUGGUACAUAUAAGGUAAAAAAUACAAGAAAAUGUGAAAACGCUUCGCGUCCAGUAGAUGAUGUUGAAGUCGGUACGAGAGCGAAUGACGCUCAAAGACAUCGGAGUAGCACGGACAAUUCGCAGAAUGCGUCGACCUCGAUAUCACCACAGCCCGACGAGACGGAGAAUGUAUCCGGGAGAGCCAACAGUUUUGAAUAUUUUCCGGGACACACUUACGCAAAUGUCCCGAACGGGAGGGAUAGCCACGUGUCUUCGGAUACGGGUAGAUCGAACUCGACUUUACCAAACAGCAGCUCCAGCGUUAACGACAAACUAUGGGGAGAUUCGGAUAGCUUGGUCCGAGACUUGGAGAGAAGCGUCAACAUCCUCAAGAGUCUUGUCGACGCCAAUAAAUGUGACAAGCAAGUUAAGAAAAGACUGAUACAGCAUGUGAUCAAACGGCUCGUCACCGCAAAGUACACGGACGAUAAAAUUGAACAUAAUUUGGAGGACAACGUUCCCUGGAAUCCGGACGACGCGAGGAACAAGGUUUACCGAGCUCAAUUACUUCAGGCUUUAACGAACAAGCAUAGCACCACCGAGUCCUCGGACGAGUGGAAUUUGCAGAAAAAGGAUACAUCGAUGCAGAAAUCUGUGGGAACCACCAGCGACGUUAUAAAGGAAGUCGCGUUGGGGAGUAGUAACAGUGACAAGUUCGACCGACAUACAGAUAGAACAGAGAUGGACGGUAGAAAAGCGCGACUAGGACUGAGAACCGAUGACUGUCAGCGGAGCAGCAAUACACCGACGGAUCCCGAUAAGAGCGAGAGUUCCGAAUGUUUCGUACCUCAGCGCAAUCAUAAAAAUAAUAAGGUGAACGAUAUAUUCUGCUUCAAGGAGAAUUGUAAACUGCCGCAUCGAGAAUCGACCACGACGAAUAGCAUACUCCCAGAUCACAACAGGAUUUUACUAGACGCCGUCGUUAACAACAGAAGGACACUCGUCGAAUCUAAUAAUAAUACGGAUAACAAUAUCGAUUGGAGAUUGCCGACUACCUCGUCGGAAAGGCACUUUGAAUUGAAGAAGUGCAGCAUGUCCGAGUCCGGUGAUUCUAAACUCGUUAAUUACGCAGAAAUGGAAAAAAGAAAUCAACUGAUUUGGAUUACGAAUGAGAUCAGCCAUCUCUGUAACUUGAAAAAAUUGCUAGAACAGCCUAGACGAUUAGAGAGACCGAAAUCUUCACCGAGGAAGACCAAGUCGGCGAAUCCCAAACCGAAGCAAACGGCGAUUCUCAGGGGACAACAUGGAAGUAUAUCUGAUACGCGGGAGGAUUCCGUGAACGAACCGUGGUCAUCUCACUGCAACUUGGUGACCCGCGAGGUAGGUAAUCCCGUAAUUCAGAAGACCAGGAAACGUAAUAGUUGCACACAAACGACUACAAAUCUAGCCAGCGCCCAUUCGAAGACGGGAGGGGAAAUAGUGUCUGCAUCCAGAACGCAGAAACCCAUAACGAAACAUGUCUCUGUCGGUGUACAAACGUUAUCUCGGGAAAUAUUCUCGAUACCGCUCGACUCGCCGAUAGAAUCAGAAAUGAGAUACAUGAGUUCUCAGAAAUCAUGUUAUCAGAAUGGUGCAAAAUGUAAAGAUCAAUCGUGCCAAACACAUAAUACCGCUCGUACAUGCGCGCGGUGUAAUCAAAAUCCUGACUCCUAUACUUCGAUCAGAUCGCAUAAAGGAGACGCGUCGAUCGUUUCGCAGCAGACGCAGACGAAUUGCGCGAGCGACGACGGCGCGACGGAAUCCAUCUAUCCUCGCGCAUCGAAUAAUACCAUUCAACAGAAACAGAAAGAGGCUAAGAAUCAAAUCAACGCGUCCAAAUCGAAAUGUAGUUGCACUCAUAAUGGCAUUGGCUUGUCCAUUAAUGAUAAUAAGUGUAGUUCAAACACGAUUGAAGCCAAACAAAUUAAUGAAAAACGAUCACUAUUUACAUGUGCAUUGUGUUCCGAACAAAAGUCUAUCACGGAUGUCAGUAAUGCCAUUUAUAAUUGUGAUAUAUGUCAAAAGAAUCUCUCCUGCACGCGUGAAAGUAUCUCGGGAUCAAAUAGUCAAACGUCGAGGAUCCACAUAAAUGCGUGCGAAUGCAAUGUCAAUGUUCCUGUUAACGAUGCAGAUAGAAAAAUUAUCGGAAAAUCUCAUAUACAACAAAACGCGGAAAAUCAGAACAGACGCGGCUUAAAUCAUAACGAACAAAAUGACACUGGGAAGAAUUGCAAUUGUGCCAAUGAACGCGUUGUGUGUCGAAAUCCGGAAACCACGAGAGCGGAAACAUUAUGCGAUCAUUGUCACUCGGGUGAUAAAAUCGAUAACAACAACGGCACAACUUUAUGCCGUUUCGAGCGUCGUGUAGCGGAGCAUCAAACGCAAACGCAAAUUUAUUCUGACAGUUCGCAAGACGGUAGCAUAGUUCAACAACGUAAAGUACAAAAUAACAUAUUAAAAUGCCAUUGUAACGAGGCUUGCUCCUGUAGUAAUAAUAAAACAAUCAAAGAUACUGUCAAAGCAUGCAAGAAUUACACAUCGAAACCAAAUAUCGCAGAUAAUACCGGUAUUAAUAAGACUGAGAGAAAUUGUCAACAUUGUCGCGCAUGUGGUUCCGCAUAUCAAAACACCAGAAAAUGUGGCUGUCAUCACAUGUAUCCCAAAGCUGUUGCGUACGAGGUGUCGUUUACAAAAGAGAAUAUCUCGAAAAAUGAAAUCUCAGAUAUCAUUCCAAUAAUGCCAAAAGUUUCCAAACAGCCUUCGAGUGCAGCCAAAUUUGAUGCCUGUCCUUGCGACAUUAUGAAGAGAAAUAGCAAAAAUGUAAAAGAACAUCGAACGAGUACAUUGCAGGAUUAUUUAUCUAGAAAUAAUCCCGAGUUUGUGGGCAAUGCGGAAACACGCCGACAAUAUUUAUCGGAAAUAUGCCAAUUGCGGGAAUUGAGAAAAGAGAAAAGGAUACAAUUAUUGGCAAUGGCUACUACAUCUACUGUCAAUAAAUCCGCACCGAUACGAAAGCCAACAGCUUACGCGCAACGAAAAAUUUCUGACGCGGAAAUGAAGGAGCGAUUACGUAAACGGUAUCUCCGAUUGAAUGAAGUACGAUUCAAACGGCGACAACAGGAACGACAAGAAGAGGCACGUCGAAAUAAACUUAUGGCAAAAAUUUUUUGCAAGAGAUUGCAACAAAAGGUUUUGAGAGGCCAAGUAAAUUUAUCUCAAAGUGUCAGCGUUAUAUCCAAUUUGUAAAGUUCUUAGAGAUUUCUUAUAUAGAGUGCCUUUCAAUUUUCAUAAGUUUAUCAAUAGAACUAUCUCAGGGAUUUUUAUUAAAAUUUUUGUAUUUUGUAUAUAAUUCUUGCACAUAAGAAAUUGAAAUGUUUCUUGCACACAAGAAAUUGAAAUGUUUGUCUAUUUUAAAUUUAGUUAAAUAAAACAUCGCAGUGUUACAGUAAAUUGUAUAUUCACAUUAUGUUAUUUUAAGAUAUUUAGUAAAUGUUCUGUUUUACUCUUAUUAAUUAUCGUUGGCAAUAUUUUAUCGUUUAGCAAUAUUUUAUAUUUAAACAACUUUGUUAAAGUUAUUACUAUCUAUAAAAAUGAAUUAUGAUUUUGUGCAUUUGUGGAAUGAACAAAAAAUAGAUAAAUUUUAACAAAGUCUCAGAGAUAGUUCUUAAUGUUAUAUAUACUUAACGCAAUUUUUUAAAUGAAUGCUUAUUAAACGAAAAAAUCUUGAAAUAUUCAAUUGAACAAACUAAAAACACGCAUUCUACACUUUAAUUAUAUUACCUCAGAUAGUUAAAAUUAUGUGUUUUCUUCAGGAUAAUUACACAUUAGAGGAGUGCGCUAAAAUUUACAUAAAUCUAUUUAUAAUUAUAAAAUAUAUUACAGAGAUGACAAAUCUGAUCUUGACGUACUAAAGCCAUGUAUGCAUAAUUUUAUCAUUAAUUAAUUAUUUAUCUUUGCGAGCACAAAUAACAUGACUAAAUAGUACAAAAAGAUAUCGAAUUUUUUUAUGUGUUUUAGAAGUUUUAUAUAUUGUAGACACAAAAAAACAUAUUCAUUAGAGAUAUGAUCUGAUUUAUCUUUUAUUUUUUAAUACAAAAAUAUUAAUAUCACCAGAACAUAAUAAUAGUAAUAAUUCAUAUUUAUGUGAUAUAUAUUUAACAAAAUCAAUUUCACAUAAUGAAACAUAUCACUCAUAUAUAUCAUUAAUCAAAAAAUGGAUGCUUUAAAAUAAGAAUAGUUGUUGUGUAGUACCUGAAUCUUGUAGUAACACUUUUUUUAUUACGUAUGAAAUAAA